AUGGCGUGCCCAAACACUGGAACUGAGGAGGAAAAAGUAAUACAAAGACUGAGAAGUGAAUCUGUCGAUCGAGCUGAAAAUUUCUAUCUAAAUGCAAAACAACUUGGGGACCCGUUAAGGGGUUUUGAGGAUAGUGAUUUCUGGAGCAUACAAGCUUUAACACUGAUGUCUAUAUACAUGUUAUCUAUUUCUAAGCGGAAUGCUGCAUAUGCUUACCACGGUAACAACACUUUUGCUACCUUCCUUUUACCAAUGCUGAUAUUCUGCAGGCACGGCAGUCCGGUCAGCUUUCGCUUUAGGUCUCCACAGGGCCGAGACACAUUCUAUAUUAGACCAAGAGGAGCAGUCUGUAAGACGCAAUUUAUGGCGCAGCCUUUUCAUUCUUGACAGAUUCUUGGCGACUUCGCUCGGUCGUCCCACUGCGAUUCGUGAAAGCGACUGUUCAGGAGAUACACUGGAAACGGCCGAGUAUCACACAAGUCAACCCGAUGCCAAUGAGGAAUAUACUAACUCGGCGGCACUUAAGGUUUCGGUGCGUAGCUGCCACGUUAUUGGAACUGUGCUCGAGAAGGUCUACUCGUGUCGAAAAGUUUCCACGGGUCUUGCUCAAGAAAUUGCGAACGAGUACAAAUCAUGUCCGAAGAUGUUGGAACCAACGCUUCAUUGGCGACAGGCAAGAUCAGCAAAGCCAAUCCAAGGUGUAGCUAUUCUGCAUGUUAACCUGUUCUAUUGUCACUCGGUUAUUUUGCUUACAAGGCCUUUUCUUUUGUAUUUGAUGAAGAAACACGAGGAUUCCGGCAACGGAUCUGAAUUGAAAUAUUGUGGGGCGAAAAUGAAGCAAUUUGCUGAAUCUUGUGUUGUGGCUAGUUGCCACAGCAUUGCGCUUGUGCAAGUAGCUCUUGAAGGUGGAUACCUAUCUCGUCGGAAUCCGUUCGUUAUGUGAGCAUUAUCAUUGUCAUCUUACAACUACUAUUUUAACAAGAUCCAGCUAUUUUAUGUUCACUGCCGCCCUUGUGGUCUUGUCGAAUGAGUUUUCAUUCUUGUACUCUAAUCCCCUCUCGAAAAUCUGUGUCCAGCACGCUAUCGAUAUCAUGAGAUGGUGCUCAGAGAGUGAUCCCCAGGCAAAACGCCUUCUUGUCAUACUUUCGGCGUUCCGCGAUGUCGUUGAGAAGCACCAUGAUAAAAAUCCUGGACAACUCCCAACAUAUUCGUCGCACGGAAGCGGCACUGCACCAUCAUCACCAAAUACCACAUCUUCAAAUGUAUCUCCUACUCAAAAGAAUGUCUAUCUAACAAGUCUGUCACUGCGCAAAACUUCAACUUCCUCUAACCAACCCCUUUCUUUCGCGAUCAACAAAUCUGCAAUCAGUCUCGCUAGUCUUCAACCGCCAUAUACACCCCCUUACUUCACAAACUCAAUCACCAACUCGCCCACCCUCAUUGCCUCCACGCCUCACCCAAGAACAAUCUCGAGCCCAAAUUCUCUGGCUUCAAAUUCAACCCUCCACAAGGGAUGUCGCUCCUCCACACCCGGACACUUCCCCCACUCCACCGGCCAGCCACAAUCGCCCAAUAACACCCCCGUCCAGCUCCAUUGUCAGAAGUCCUUCAAUCUCGGUCUGAACUCAUCAAGAUCCUCCACUACACACAGGACAUACCCAGAGGUCAAUACUGCCGUUCCCUCACAAAGAGAUGAUACGCUAGAAUCCGGACAUUGGUGGUCUAAAGUCCCACACGGCGCUCAAAAUACAGAUUCAGCUCCUGGCCAGGUAUCUGAGACUGUCGGUGUAGAGAAUAUUUCUAGGAUUAUGGUCUGUCCUGGUAGUCGGAGGAGGGAGAGUGUUUUGCAUCAUGGGGAUGCGACGGGUCGGGAGGGGCAGGAAAAUGGGAAUCGGGAGCGGGAGGUUGGGACGGUGUUGGGUGAUAUUAUGCGUGUUAUAUGA